GCUGACGCGAUAGCUAAAGCUACGUUGGUAUCAUCGUCUUAUCGGUUUGGGGUUUGACAACAGAAACAACAGCCGUAUUUCGUGUCCAGCCACGAAUACCUAUUUUCACUGGGGUCUCUGGAGAGAUGAACAACAACGGGAAUAAGAGAGCUCCAACCACAGCCACUCAGCGACUUAAGCAGGAUUACCUCAGGAUAAAGAAAGACCCGGUGCCUUACAUCUGUGCAGAACCUCUCCCCUCCAACAUCCUAGAAUGGCACUAUGUUGUUAGAGGUCCUGAGAAAACUCCAUAUGAAGGAGGAUAUUAUCACGGAAAACUCAUAUUUCCUCGGGAAUUUCCUUUCAAACCACCAAGUAUCUAUAUGAUAACACCAAAUGGGAGAUUUAAGUGUAAUACAAGGUUAUGUUUGUCCAUCACAGACUUCCAUCCAGACACGUGGAACCCUGCGUGGUCCGUCUCCACCAUCCUCACAGGUCUGCUCAGCUUCAUGGUGGAGAAAGGCCCCACCCUUGGCAGCAUUGAGACCUCUGACUACACAAAAAGACAGCUGUCAGCCCAAAGCCUGGCCUUCAACCUCAAGGAUAAAGUGUUCUGUGAGCUGUUUCCUGAUGUAGUCGAUGAGAUGAAGCAGAAACAGAAGGCCCAGGAGGAGUUAAGCGCCCGCACUCAGCCCCUCCCGUUACCCGAUGUGGUGCCUGACGGUGACCCUCAGCAUGCCCACUACGGCCUCCCCGCCCUCAACGGAGGCCCCGUCCCGCUUGGGGGCGCCAACCCCGCCCCCGGCCUACAGCAGGCCAAUCGCAACCAUGGACUUCUAGGUGGGGCUCUAGCCAACCUGUUUGUGAUUGUAGGCUUUGCGGCGUUCGCCUACACAGUGAAGUAUGUGCUGAGGAGCAUAGCCCAGGAGUGAGAGGAGCCGGCGUAGUAGGGUGACGCUCCCCCCUGCAGGUGAGCCAGCCAGCGGACUCCACAUUCUACAAACACACUAUGAGGGGGAGGGAUGUUCAGUCCUGGGUUAAACCCCCCCACGACCACCACCACCACAACCACCACCACCAUGGACUUUGGAAGACGGAAUCUCAAAGCCGACCCACCCAGGAAGGAUUGAGAGGAG